AUGGACCGCGACAUGGUAGUGGACACAGCCGCAGCGGAAGAAGAGGAGCGCGUACCAGUAGCUUUCUGUGUGAUCAGCGUCGCCAUCAUCUUGUCGUUCCAGUACAUUUUUUCAACCGGUCAACGUCCAGCUAAGCCAAACGACGAAGUCGUACGUGAUCGCUCUGAUCUGCACCUCCUGCGCAAAAUCCACCACCUCAUCACGGGGGUCCUCAUUUACGUCGCUUCCCGCUUUUUUGGUCGAGGUCCAGGCGCGACGGUCCUGCUCACCUUUGCACUGCUUUGCUACGGAUUGCACGUGUUGCGACAAAACAGCGACGCCUUCAAUACUGCGUAUCUCCAACGGUUUCGUCGUCUCUUACGGCCGCACGAAGUCGCCGGGACAACGCUACCGGGAGCAUACUACUUCCUGCUGGGCUCGGCCUUCUCGCUCGCACUGUUUCAGCUCCGAAUCGCUCGACUUGCGAUUCUUCAUGUGUCAGUCGGAGACCCAGCUGCAGCAUUCUUCGGGACGUUGUAUGGUCGACACAAAUUGGCCACGGUGGUGGGCAAACUGGGCGGCCGCAAGUCACUGGAAGGCUCGAUCGGCUGCUGUGGUGUCGCAGCUAUCGCCACUUUCACCGUCUUCAUCAUAGAGCGCGAUUUCUACUUCGACAUAAGCGAGGAUGAAGGGACAGCAGUCGCUGCAGGAAUCAUCGCGGCAGCUGCAGAGAUGUUGAACGUCGGUGGAUGGGAUGACAACUUGACGUUCCCGCUCUUAUCAGGCACGUUUUUGCAGCUCACAGUCAGCCGCUUCUUGUAG